AUGACAACUCUACAACGAUAUAAUCAUCUUAGAAAUGAAUAUAAUCAUUAUAAACGUCGUUUUAAAAUGUUACAUUCAAUAGCAAUACAAAAACAAGAUGAACUAAAAAAUUCAAUUAAUCAUAUUAAUCAUUUAUUGUUAUUAGAAAAUCAAAUGAAUAUUUCUAUUCAACCAAAUAAACAAGUACAAAUUAGACCAUAUUUUUGUAUUUAUGAUCAUGGUGAUCAUUCAUACAUAUCUCCAAUAGUUUCAUUAGAAAAAUUUUUAAUUGAUGAAGAAUCUGAUGAUGAUGAUCCUUUAUUACAACGUCUUAAAUUAACAAAACCAAGUCGAUUAAAAAGUUCAUCACGAAAAAUUAUACAUACAAAUAAUACAAUAAUUAAUCUGACUGAUUCAAAUGUUCUUGAUAAAAUACAUACAAUCUAUGAUGAAUACCUUUCUGAAUGA